CUUCUCUUACCUCAUCUCCUUUUCUAUUUAGCAACUUAAUAAUCUUGAGCUCUCAUUUUCCAUAAACCAUAGUUGUUUGUCUAUGAAAACUACAAAGAGUUUUAUUUCCCUUUGAGAAGCCAUAAUUACAGCUUUUUAAACAUCGUUUACUUCAACAAUUAUACAAAUUAAGGUGAUCAUCAACUUAUUAUGGCGCUGCACACCAGUACUUUAUCACUCACAAUCGUCGGCAUUCUAGGCAACAUGAUUUCAGGAUUAGUAUACCUAGCUCUAUUGCCUACAUAUUACAAAAUAUAUAAGAAAAAAUCAACAGAGGGGUUCCAAUCUGUGCCUUAUGUAGCAGCACUCUUUAGUGCUAUGCUUUGGUUAUACUAUGCACUGCUCAAGAAGAAGGAAUAUUUCCUCAUUAGCAUAAAUUCUGUUGGAUGCAUAAUUGAGACAUUGUACAUCGCCUUUUACUAUGCUUAUGCUUCUAGAAGAGCCAGGAUUUUUACAGGCACACUAGUUCUUUCACUCAAUUUGGUGAUUUUUUCUAUGAUAGUUCUCAUCAUUCAGCUGAAACUGGGGGAAGGUACAGACCGGGUAAAAGUGCUUGGUAUCAUUUGCGCUGUUGUCUCCAUUGGUGUUUUUGCAGCACCCUUGACAAUCAUGGUGAAAGUUAUUCGAACAAAGAGUGUUGAGUACAUGCCAUUCUUCUUAUCCUUCUGCCUCACGCUGUGCGCGAUCAUAUGGUUUGCAUAUGGGUUAUUACGACAAGAUUUAUACAUAUCUAUUCCAAAUGUUUUUGGAUUCGCCUUGGGGGUACUCCAGAUGGUAUUAUAUGCAAUCUGCAAAAACUGUUGCAUCCCCCGGGAAUCAUCAGUAGAUCAGAGGAUUUCAAGUAAUCCGACAAACUUGGUCAAUGGAAACGCGGCAACUAUUGAUCAGCAAGACAGAAGCAAUGAACCUCGAACUGAACUAUCAACUGCUGAUCCUGCAGUCUGAUAUCUGUAGGUUCAAACUCAUAGUAUAUACCGCGUUAAAGGAAUAUGCUCGAGAGUUUUGGCCAUGUAUUUAUUAGGAUAAUUAGGAUCAUAUGGAGUAAGAUCAUAUGUAUCCUACAUUUAGUUGCUUCUUUUCCCAACCAUUUUUGUUAUUGAAUGCAACUACCUAAUUAACUCA